AUGGAGUUCAAGCUCUGUUCCCCUGCCAUUCGUACAGUUAUGCUCCAUGGCUCACACACCACUGCGUCAGUUGCGAUGGAAUUAGAUUCUGCAUCACCAAUAACAAUCAUUCCGUUUAGUCUUUAUGAUAAGUACUUACAUGACAAUCCACUGCAUUCCACUUCGUAUAAAUUUGACGCCCACACCAAUGGCCCUUUGUGCAUCCGUGAAUAUAUAGUGACGCAAAUUAGUCUAAACUCGGUCGCAUCCGACGUUGCUGUGUACAUGGAAUCUGAAGACAGCCCAACCUUGCUAAGGCGAAAUGCUAUGGUCGCUAUUAACAUAACGCCAUCUAUCAAUAGAAUGCGGAUCAUGGCACUCAGUGCAUCCGUGCUUAAAGGUUUAUAUCCCAAAUUAUUUACCGAAACGAUUGGUCUGAUUCCAUCUACUGCUCAUCGCAUAUGCCUUAAACAGGAU